AUGUCCACUCCAUUCUUUGUAUCUUCGAACGAAAUCCUUCUUGGUGACAACCUAUUUGCCAAUUCAACAGAAUGUGCCAAUACCACUACCAAUACUACUUGUAUUCCCAACAACCAACAACAGGACCCUACUAUCAUGUCUACUUCUUGUUUUCCUCAUGAAUACGAUCCUACCAUUACUACAGGAUCACUAUCACCUUCCUCUGCUGCUGUUCCCAUUGCUAUUCCUUCCACUACAAAUCACUCUACCCUUUCUUACUCUCAUCCCCACAAUAACAGUUUGCUGUCACCAUUUUCUGCAAGCGACGAGAGCCUGUAUUCAUUUUCACCUGAAAAUGAUACCAGCUUUGCUCCUUCUUCAUUUGGAUCAUCCAUGGCUGAUUUGAUGUUUACCGAUGACACCACCACCACCACCAAUGUCAGUAACAACACAACAAUGCUGCAGGAUCAGCAUGACUUUUGCCUUAACGAAUUGCUUGGCAGCCCUGUGUCAUUCAACAUGCAGCCAUCCUCUUUUGAUCAGCAGCAAAUGUCAAUUUCAUCACCUGCCAUGAGUAGCACCAGUAGCUGUAUGCUUAUGCAACAUGAUAUGGUGUCGCCCGCUAUGUCACAUUUUGAAACCACCCCGUUCCUGGAUCACAUGGAGCUAGGCACCACCUCUCUUACAACUCCUCAAAUGGGUUAUCUUGAUCCUACUAGCAUGAUGGCGCCAUCAACUAUGUCUUUACCAUCAUCAUCAUCAUCACCAUCUUCUUCAUCUUCAUCGGGCACAAAGAAACGUCGUCGAGGAACUGGUCCACGUAUCCAUUAUUGUCCCCAUUGUCCUCACACAAGCAACCGUGCCAAUAACAUGAAGGAGCAUGUCCUUACUCAUGAUCCCAAUCGUCCCAAGAAUCAUCUUUGCCCUUUGUGUGGCAAGCGAUUUGCUCGAAAGCACGAUAUGAAACGUCAUGCAAAAUCACCACACCCUUCACCGGUAUCUUGCAAUGCCUCAACCUUGUCGUCGUCACCCUCAUUCCAGCUGUAA